AUGGCGUGGGAUCCAGACAAAAAGCCAGGCCCUUCCAGGCUCAAGACCACCGCGCACCACGACGACCCGCUCAGCCUUGGUCCACCUUGCCCGGUGCCGGCGGCUAUCCAAGCCAAUCCUACCGAUGUCCAUGACCCCGAAGACGAUUUCAACAGCACCGUGCCUUUCCUGUUGAGCUACAAAGGAUUUCAAUGCUGCACCGCCGAAGGCCACAAGAUUCCAUCCAACCCCAUUGAGGCAUACAUGAUUGCAUCGGAGACCAAUAUCCGCCACUGCGUUUGUCCUGUUUGCGCUCCGUUCAUCGCCUCUCAAGUUGUCCACUAUUACGCCCAACAAAAUUACCGUAUCUUGGGGACUCGUUGCGAACAGAACUUCUCUCAGGCAUUGCUUGCGGCCCGCCGCGGCGCCAAAUUGACCGUAAGGAAAGCUAAGGUCGAUGUCAGGAUGCGGCAGGUAAACUUUCUGAGGCAUUCCGACCUCCAGACGACAGGACCAUCCAUGGACACUGGCACACAAGACCAGCUCCAGAAGAAAAGUGUGAGAUGGGAAAAGUUCGUGCGCGAGUAUGACGGCUGGCCGGAGGUCGAAGAGGAUGAGGAGGAUGAGCCCAUUGGCAAGGGCGAAUCCUUCCAUCUUCUACCUGUCAACCCCUCGCCAUCCUCCGCUACAAUUGCUGCUGCUCUCUUGGUUGCGGCCCUGACGUUUGCUGCUACGGAACCGUCGGAGCACAGGUAUCCUAAGAGAGUUCCGGGCUACGAGAGCAUCUGCUGGUGCCGCCAUGACCUACCGCCCGACCCCAGCAUCCCCUGUACUGACUUCGAUGGCAUGGUCAUGGAGUAUGGUCCCCCUACCCACCUCUGCAUGCCGUGCGCCAGGCUCAUGUCUGCCAAGCGUGCCUACUUCGCUGCUAAGCAAGCCCACCAUGACUUGCUGAGCCACGGCGGCGACACUCUGGACGAGGGAAAGGGCAUGGAGAGUCUCCUUGUCACGUUGAAGCAGGCGGAGCAGCUCGUGGAGUGGCGGGAGGAGGCCCGUGAGGCCAUGAUCAACUCAGAUGCGCCUGGCAAUCAUGUCAUUUGUGACAUUGUUGAGAAGAACCUUGCAUAUGACAACACGGUCUAUGCACAGGACUUUGAGGAAUGGCAAGAUAGGCUUAAGAUUCACAACAUGCCGCCCAGUCCUGCUCCUCCUCCGCACCAUGACAGCUCCAACAUCACCGCCGAAAAACUCCUUACUCUUGGCACCAUUGCUCCUUAUGCUUCCUCGCUCGACCUGAGUUUCCAUUGCGUAGUCUUGCACGCCGGUGGAGUCUACACCUUCAACGAAAGCAUCUCCUACGUUGUUGAGUGGGUGAUGCUGCUUCCAGACGGCUUGUGA